AUGACCUACCCAGUACUCAGACUUGUUACUCCCUUACCUCUGCAUUCCAGCCAACAGGCUGAUACCAUCAUGCUUCCUUGGGUAGCCUUCCCAAGCCUCAUACUGCUUUGGGCAGAUGUUGUCAUUUCUCAGACACGAGUGACUGGAGUGGUGGGACAAACUGUCACGCUACCCUGUAGCUACUCUACAGCUGGUGAAAUCGCACCUAUGUGCUGGGGCCGAGGGUCAUGCUCUUUAUUCAAAUGCUCAAAUGAACUUGUGUGGACUGAUGGCUAUCAUGUCACCUUUGAGAAGGACAAGCGUUAUAGUAUACGUGGAGUCAUUUCCAGAGGGGAUUUGUCUUUAACCAUACAGAAUGCAGCCCUGUCUGACACUGGCACCUAUUGUUGCCGUAUUGAGUUCAGAGGGUGGUUUAAUGAUUAUAAAAAUAAUAUAUAUUUGGAGAUAAAGCCAGCUCCAGCCACUGCUCCACCACCACCUAAGGUCCUCACUUCUGUUCCUACAACUCCAGCGACCACGAAGAACCUCAAGACAGCUCCACCUAAGGUCACCAGUGUUCCAACACCAUCUAAGGUAUUCACGUCUGCUCCUACAACUCCAGCGACCACACUGAACCUUCAGACAGAAACCACUUCAUCUUCUCCAGUGCAGACAACAGAAACCCAGCCUCCCACACCACAGGAAACAAGUACGACCAGCUCAUCAUUGAACUCUUCUUGCCCAACAGAUGGGAAUAGCACUGUGACCCAGCCUUCAGAUUGCGGUUGGCAAUACAAUGAAACCCACACAAUCUUGAAACAAAAUACACAGAGGAACACCUGUAAGUUGUACAUUGGACUCUCCAUUGCUGCCAUGACAUUGCUCACCAUUUUGGCUGCCAUACUUACCAAAAAAUAUUUAUGUGGGAAAAGAAAGGUGUUGCAAAUAAGCAAAGAACCUGUGACCAGAACGUCGCAAAAUGGAAUUGCAGUGCACUACCAAGCACAGGAAAAUAUUUACUUUGAGAAUAAUCUUUACAAUGUGCAGUAA